UCCUAUAACAAAGUCACCUUCUCAACGUUAUUUUAACCUGUAAAUCUUUUUUGUUUGUGUUUGAACAAGUACACAUAAUUGAGAGACGUGAUAGUUUUAACCCUGACACCUCGAUAAAGUUAUUUUAAGAAAUGGUCUACAGUCAACAGUGUCGCAUUACCCGGGCUUUCAGAUCCGCGUGCAUGUAACGACAAAUAUAACAUGGGCACGUCAGCGCGGGAUUAAAGUUUCUCGGUACAGCCGUACAAAAUGAUGGAUUUUUAUCUUUAAACUCAGGUCUCUUCAUUCUCAUCUCCGUUUGCCUGUGUGUCAGUCAUGGACAGCACUAGUGUGACUCUGACUGUGAGAGGGACCACAGCACGACUAGGUGAGGUGAUAGCAGUGGUUGGCAGUUGUGAAACACUGGGCGGCUGGUUUCAUCAAAAAGCCGUGACCCUACAGCCGGCGGAGGAGGAUGGCACCCUGUGGAGAACUACCAUUCAGGUUCCUAGAGGGCGUGAAACCAAAUAUCGCUAUUUCAAGGGGUUCUUUUUUGAAUCUAAGAACGAUGGUGGUCCAUGUCAAGUCAUAGUCAAUAGAUGGGAGACCCAUCAGAUGCCACGCUCAUUGAGUCCCUCAGAACCAGAGCUCGUGAUUGACGAUGGACACUUUGGAGUCCAUAAUGGUGUUGAGUGUGUGGACUCUGGCUGGUUGACAUGUCAGACAGAAAUUCGCCUCAGGCUUCAUUACUCCGUGAAACCUCCAGUUUCUAUUACUAAGAAUAAAUUUAAGAACUCACGCUUCAGAUUGAAGCUGAUGCUGGAAGGUAUUGAGGAAGAAGAAGAGGAAAGUCCUUCAACAUGGCAUGAGAUGAUCACCACACUGGAGACCAGUAUGAUCAGUGACGUCGAAUGUAAGUCUCGUCAUUCCCAGCCAGAAUGUGGAUACUCCCUGGUACCCUCCAAGUGGACAGAAUACAGCAUUCACACCAUGGACCCCGACAACCUAGAGCUCACCUUUGAGUUUUUUGAGGAGGACUUGAGUGAGGCUGUGGUUCAGGGCGAUUCCCAUCCAGGCUACGUGGGCACCUCAUGCCUCUUGUCGUCCUCUUUUGUGGAGAGCGGCAAAGAUUUGGGUGUGGUUACCCUGCCCAUCAUGAGCCGAAACGGCAGACAGACUAUUGGAAAAGUCAGAGUGGAUUACCUGGUGACGCGUCCUAUCCAAGGCUUUCAGUGUGACAUGAGUCAGUCUUUUGCCAAAUACUGGAAGAAAAGGAGCGCUUUGGAUGUUGGACACAGAGGAGCAGGGAGCACACAUGCUGCCAAGCAUCACAAGAUCAGAGAAAACACAAUCGUCUCAUUUCUAAGUGCAGCCAACCAUGGAGCAGCUUAUGUAGAGUUUGAUGUUCAUCUGUCUAAAGAUUUAGUUCCUAUCGUGUACCACGACCUCACCUGCUGUAUUUCUACUAAAAAGAAAAAUGACAAGAAUUCAUUGUUGUUGUUCGAAGUUCCCGUCAAGGAUCUUACGUUUGAUCAACUUCAGCUUUUAAAAGUGGCCCAUACAACUGACAUGGAAGUUUAUGACGACAAAGACUUGCAAGAUGAAGAGGAGUAUAUAUAUGAGCACCAGCCUUUCCCUUCCCUUUCACAGAUAUUCCAUUCUGUUCCAGAACAUGUGGGAUUCAACAUUGAGCUGAAGUGGAUCUCUCAGUUUAAGGAUGGCUCCUGGGAUGCAAAACUCUCCACCUACUUCAACAUGAAUCAGUUCUUGGACAUCAUUCUCACAUGCGUGCUGGAGAACGCCGGCAAAAGGAGGAUAGUCUUCUCAUGUUUUGAUCCUGAUGUUUGCACAAUGGUGAGGAAAAAGCAGAACAAAUACCCCAUCCUAUUUCUGACCCAAGGAGUGACAGACCUCUACCCUGAACUCAUGGACAUCCGCUGUCAGAGCACUAAGAUCGCCAUGAGCUUUGCCCAGAGCGAGAACAUACUGGGAAUCAGUGCCCACGCUGAUGAGCUCUUGAGGAACAUGGAGUUCAUCAGAGAGGCUCAGUCCAAAGGACUAGUGGUCUUCUGCUGGGGCGACUAUAACAACGACCAUGAUAACAGGAUGAAGUUGAGGGACCAGGGAAUUGAUGGCCUCAUAUAUGACAGAAUCUGUGAAGACAAGCUCGAGCAGUCAAACAUUUUCAAUGUAGAGGAACAGGUUGCUCUCAAGGACGUCAUCCAAACGUGUGCCUGCUCCUCCUACAGUAUUCCCUGCUCCUCCAUUCCGUGCGCAGGGAAAUCCCCGGAGAACAACGGGGAGUCGGACUCCGGACUCAGUUCCUCUUGAGAGCCACACACCCAGUCUGCCUUCACUCUAUGUCUGUAAUCUUCCCACAAUGCACCAGAAAUAACACACAAAUGCACUCCGUCAUUAAGCCAAAGUUUACUUAAGUCUGAGAUGUUUUUGAGUAUAAUCAUGUCAAAAGAAUGUUGUUAAGGACAACUCUAGCUUCCACUAAGGCUGUGUGUUUGCUGUAUUUAGCCAAUUUGCUGUAUAUUUGGGUGCAAAAAACGGUGUAUACAGAAUGUGUAUUUUGCUUUAAUGCAAAUAUUUGUUUUAUCAUUCUUAAUAUUCUCUUAUAUAAGAGGAUAUUGAUGAUGCCUUCUGAUUUUUUUUCUCUUCAAGUAUUUAUUGAUUUCUCUAUCUGCGGAAUGAGUAUUGAACAUUUAUGCAAUUUAGUAUUAGAGUUUCAUGAACCACAAACAAACAGAAUUCAAAUUCAUGAAAAACUAUAAAUAGCUAUUUUAUUUAAUAGCUAUUAUUUAACAAUAUUUUCUAGCUAAAAGUGAGGCCUGUCUCUCUUAAAAAAACUUAUUCUGAGGGCCUUUGUCUUUAAAAUGACACUCAUGAACAUGUAUAUUUUUAUUUUUAUCACUACUAUAUCCAUCCACAGAUUCAUUCAUAAAUGAAACGCUGAUGGUUUCAGCAGAACAAAAUGGAAUCUUUUUAUUCAGCUGUGCAAUUCACACGAACUCUUCAUUGUAACUGGGUAAAUAUUGGAAUGAAUGUGCCUCUGUAAACCUGUCUGAUGUAUGUGCUGCUGAGUGUCAGUGUGGCCUUGUCUCAGCAUGCAUUCAUACUGCUUCCUCUCUACAGCACGGCAGGGAAAUCAUGCAUGUUGGCUGUUCAACUUCACACUGGACUCCGGCAACUAGCUGUAUGAAUCCACACUCAUUGUAGUGGAUGUCAUCAUGCCAACGUAGACCAGAACAAUGCUCUGAGAGCCAGAAUAAAUAUAUUUAAUAUGAAUGAAA